ACAUGUCUCCAAUCCCACCCUCAAUCCUUCCCAGCAAAGAAUGAAGGCCAUGGCACUUGUGGUUCUUGCACUCGUGCUUGCUCUUGCGGUCUCAUAUUUCCCUGGCCCGUGCCAUGGCGCGCUCCAGGUGGGAUUUUACGAGGGAAAAUGCGGACGUGCGAAUGUGGAAGCCAUCAUACAACGUGUGGUCGCCAAAAAGAUCCGUAGCGACCGCACGAUUGUGGCCGCGCUCCUUCACAUGCAAUUCCAUGACUGCUUUGUUAAGGGAUGCGACGCAUCCAUUCUCUUGAAUGGCAACUCGACAGAGAAAACUGCAAUCCCGAACUCGAGUGUUAGAGGUUACGACAUUAUCGAUGCAGCGAAGGGAGUUGAGAAAGCAUGCCCUGGCGUUGUAUCGUGUGCUGAUAUCAUCAUAGCCGCCACUAGAGAUGCCGUUUCUCUGAGCGGUGGACGAAGAUACGACAUACAGAUGGGAAGGAGGGAUGGCCUAUCUUCCCAGGCUAACACUGUUGAUCUUCCACCCCCUACCAUAUCUGUGGCCCAAUCCAUCCAAGCAUUUGCGAAAAAGGGUCUCAAUCCAACAGACAUGGUUCUUCUCUUGGGUGGUCACACUGUUGGGCUGGCCCAUUGUUCACUCUUCAAAGACCGUUUGUACAAUUUUCAAGGGACUGGCAAACCCGAUCCGACCAUGGAUCUUCUUCUUUUACUUGCUCUAAGGAUAAGAUGUCCCCAGAACGCAUCAACUGAUAACACGGCUAACCUUGACCAAAAUCUACUAAGCAGUUUCACUGUCGACAACAGUUACUACAGGCAGAUAAAGAGAAACAGAGGUGUUCUUCAGAUAGAUCAACAGCUGGCUCUGGACUCAUCGACGAAGGCCAUGGUCGAGUAUCUCGCUUCUAGCGCUGAUUUCGUCACUCAAUUUGGCAAUGCCAUGGUCAAGCUAGGCGCAGUCGAGGUCCUCACAGGAAAUCAAGGUGAGAUCAGGAAAACAUGUGGGGCCCUCAACAAUGGUUCUACUUCUCCUUGAUGGGCCUUGGAAAUCUUUGCAACCGUGUGAUGUAUGAUUGAGUUUGAACAUUUGUUCUGUUUCUUAAUAAGCUGCAUGGAAUGGUCGUCCACAACCAUGUUACAUGUUGAUAAUUUAAUGAGUGAGAAACUGAAAAAAAAAUGGUUUUUUUUUUUUCUUUCCCCUACUUGUCUUGCAC